CGCUGUACGCAGUGGACCAGUAACUAAUGUUUAUUUUCUUGUCCACAGAUGGCGCGCUCCGCAGCGAGGUAGAACUGCGCGGGCGCGGCACCGAGCCAGCGUUCCUCCAUGAGCUGCACUCGACGCUGGCUCCGCCCGCCGCGCCCGACCACCACUGGCACCUUACUAUCGUUCUCAUCAUCAAGGCCCUCAUCUUCAGCACCAUCAUCCUGGGCGCUCUCUUCGGCAACGCCCUCGUCAUCAUAUCGGUCCAUCGACAUCGCAAGCUCCGCGUCCUCACCAACUACUACGUUGUCAGUUUGGCCGUUGCUGAUAUGCUGGUCGCGCUAUGCGCGAUGACGUUCAACGCAAGUGCUGAGCUUACCGGUAUUUGGCUGUUCGGACCUUUAGUCUGUGAUAUGUUUAACUCGUUUGACGUUUACUUCUCAACCGCUUCCAUAUUGCAUUUAUGCUGCAUAUCAGUAGAUCGCUAUUACGCUAUAGUGAGACCUUUGGAGUACCCAGUGACAAUGACACAUAGAACAGUAUGUUUUAUGCUAGCUAAUGUCUGGGUAUGGCCAGCUUUGAUAAGCUUCGUCCCAAUAUUCAUGGGCUGGUAUACGACGGAGCAUGAUCGUCAGUAUAGAAGAGCGAACCCUGACGUGUGCAUAUUUAAAGCUAACAUGAUAUAUGCUAUGGUAUCCUCAAGCAUUUCAUUCUGGAUACCAAGUUUAGUAAUGAUAUCAAUGUACUGUAGGAUCUUCAGAGAAGCAAUAAGACAGAGAGAAGCACUAACGCGCACGUCAUCAAAUAUACUCCUAAAUUCAGUCCAUUUAAGGCAUACAUCGCAUUCAGCGCAUCAUUCGCACUACUUGCAUCCAGACCGACGUCCGUCAGAUAUCAGUCCAAACUACAGUACGUUUACUGAAUGUCCGGAAGAGACAGAGUUUGGGGAAGCAGUGAUGACUGUUGGAGAUGUGUGUACGAGUAAAGAAGCAAGUCCGAGGAAGUCUGUGAACGUGAGCUGUGACACGGCGAGCUCGGGUUACUGUUCUGGAGGGUCUAACAAGAGAUCGUCGAGUGGACAGCCUCCCACAGGAUGGAGGCCGAGCUGUUCUUCGGCUGUUGCAUCGAAGGAACUAGCGAAGGCUACGACGGAGCUCAAUUCACAAGGUGCCACGUUACGCGCGGCGGGCAAGUCUUGGAGAGCGGAGCACAAAGCUGCUCGAACUUUAGGCAUCAUUGUGGGUGCCUUCCUGCUUUGCUGGCUACCGUUUUUUCUUUGGUACGUGACAACCAACGUCUGCGGCGAGCCUUGCGAGACCCCCGACGUGGUCGUCGGCGUGUUGUUCUGGAUCGGCUACUUCAAUUCCGCCCUCAACCCGCUGAUCUACGCGUACUUCAAUAGGGACUUCCGUGACGCUUUCAAAAACACUCUCAUGUGCGCGUUGCCGUGCUGUUUCAGUUGCUGGAAGGAUACUAGUAACGCGCAUUUUGUGUGAUAAAACUUUUACUUUGAGUUGAC